AUGGAAACGCGCGGAUUCACUCGGUUAUUGGAACCGUCAUUUUUAUUUGAUAUUUUAAUUUGUAAUGAAUUUUUAUUUAUUUUGUAUUAACUUUGCGGAAAAUCCGCUGAAAUGGAAGAUUUUACGAGCUCACAAUUACAACUGGUUUUAGGAGUAAAAGAAGGUUGCAAUUUUGAUAGGGUGCAGAAACCAACUGUCAUUAUUGCUACUCUAAAUGGACAAUGUAUCGAAACUAAAAAGAUUCAACCUGAUUGCAACCCACAAUUUUGCACAGAUUUAAUUUGGGAAACCGAUAAAAAUGGGUUUAGACGGAUGAGAAGUAAUCAAACCCCCAUAAAAGUUGAAUGUUAUGCUAUAAAUGAAAAUGGUAGUAGAGAAAAACUUGGGUACAUUUUAUUGAGUGUACGAUGUGCCCAGAUUAUUCAACCCAAUGGAGAAUCUAACAUAAAAACAAAUUGGCACAAUAUUUUAGGAGUCAAAAAUGAUUUCAACAAUUGCAAACCUAGACUAUUAAUGUACUUGAUCAUUAGAGAAAAAGAAAAUAAAAAUGCAAUUAUUCCAAAGGUUGACAACUUCAGCAAUUUACAUCCACUCAAAUCAAAUAUUGUACCUUUGUGGUUGCCAGAUGAGCAUUUGAUUCAACUAGGUCCAUUAGAAUUGUGUCAAGAUGUAUUUCAAUUAUAUAUUGCCACACAUGCAUUAACACAUCUAACUUCUUUUUUUGAUGAGUUUCCUAAAAGUGAAAAUAACAAUUUUGUUAUUGUUUUAAAUAUUUUGGGUACCUUUAUUCGCCUUAAACCUUUUAAAAUGGAGUCUGAUAACAUAUCUAUCAAUGAAAAAAUUGUUAUUAAAAUAAGAACUUCAUUACCUGUUUUAAGAGAUUAUUUACUGACUAGACCACAUUUUAUAGUCAAAUUAAAGCAUGAAAAUGUAACAAUUGGUAUUUCGGAAGUGAAUUUAAAAUCAUUAAUUAAAGUGGAUGAUUUACAAUGUUUUAUAGAAAUGGAAAGCAAUUAUGUACCAGUAGAGUUUAAUUGUAUUUUUAAACAUGUGUGUUCAAAAGGAGGUAAAGGAGAUUGUCAAGGAGGUGAUGAAUUUACAACAAUGCCUUGUUUGAGCAUUUCUGUUAAAUUAAAAUACUUCCAGUUAAAAAAGGUUUUUAAUGGAAAAACAUUUCAUCCUCUUUCACCUUCUGUAAGACAAAGCAAAAGUAAUGUAGCACAAAUUUCAAAUCACAAUAGCUGUUCAAAUGGAUCCACAUCUAAUGAACACUCAGAACUUAACCCAAAUCAAAAAAGUAAUAGAAACAUUGAUAAAAUCGAUCACAAGAUGUGUUCCGUCCCAAGAGAAAAAUUAUAUACUCUAGACAAUGGCAAUAAUACAGCUGAAGCACAAAAUAUUCACAGAAGUUACAGUUUAAAAAUAACUUUGAAAAAUAUUACAUUUCUAUUUUCAAAAAAUGAUGUGCAAAUCGUGGAGUUCAGAUUUUAUAACUCAUUGGGUGAAAUUAUAAAUAAUGCUGUUAGUCACGUUGAUGGGAUUUCAGCUGAUAAAGCAAUAAAUCUUAAAGAUAUAAAUUGUAAACUUCAUUUCAUUUGUACUCCUGAUCAAAUAUUCAAAUUGCUAGAUACAUUUGCUCCAAAAAUCAAUGUAUGCGAUGCAACUGCAAUUGAAACUAAAUGUCUUGCUCAAGUGGAAAUAAACUUUCAACAACUUUUGGACAACAAAAAAAUUGAAUGCACUGAAUUGGUUCAUUUAGUAGAUUGUAGUACUCAUGAAAAAAUUGGCAAUGGAUCUGUACAUAUUCAGCUUGAAGAUCACACUAUGACAGCAUUGAAAAAAGUCAACACAGGAAAUUUUGAAGAUAUACUAAAUAAUAGUAUGGCUUAUAAAAUUAUUGAUGAACUAGAAACUUGGAAAGAAAGGCAAAAAGAUAUAUUUAAAAAUGAGUUACGUAAAAAAGAAGAAGCACAUUUUACCUUAUUGAACGAAGAAUGGCGACGACGCAAGGAAUACUUGGAGUCCAAAUUAACUAACAGUAUGCAACAGUGUAAAAUUUUGGCCAAUGAUUUAACUAAAACGACAGAAGAUUUGCGUGCGCGAAAAAUAGAAAGUUUAGAAAAAGAAUCUAAAUUAAUUCAAGCUAAUGAUGAAUUGCAAUGGAAAUACGAUCGCAAACUACAACAGCUUCAAGAGGCAUUGCAGAAAAUGCAAGAAGAGUUUACAUCAAAACUAAUGAAAUUGGAACAUGAAAAUCGAAAUUUACUCUCUCAAAUCGAAAAUUUGACAGUAAAAAAUCUCGAGCUUGAAAAAUUCAAAAGAAGACAAACCGAAAACGUAAGUACAAUGGAAAAAUCUUCAUUAACAGAAGAGCGAACCAAUUCGGUCCUGCAGCAAUUGAAAAAUCUUGAGGAAAAGUUAGACAAUGCUCAAAAGAAUAAUGACUACUUCAAAGAAAAAUGGAACCAAGCGAAGAAAGAGAUUCACAACAUAAAAAUUCAAAAUCAAUUAGCACUGGAAUCAGAAAUAAAAAGUAGCAGGCAGGAAUUACAUAAUACAACUUUAGAUUUAGAAGAAUUAUUAAAUGCAGACACAGCUGCAUUGAAACAUGAUAAAAUGGCAUUAAUUAAUAUACAACAAGAAAUUAACAACUUAAACUCAGAAUCGCAGUUGCAGAUCCUAGAAACGAAGGCCAAUAAAGAUCACCAACAUUUAUUCGAGUCUGCUAUGAUGAAUCCAGAUUUUCAUCUAAACUUGGAUGGAGUGAACUUUUCAAACUCGGAUUCGGCGUCAACGAGUACAAGUUCUGAUCAAAAAUUACGCAUGCUCAUAAAACAACGCGAUAAUCUCGUGAAUUCUGGAAAUUAUUCUAGCAACAACAGUAUUAUAGUGAAAUUAAGUAGUGACAUAAGGUCUAUGCUUAUAAAUAGUUAACGUAAAUUAUUUUGUAUGAGUAAAUUUUCUACAUGGCUUCGACUCGACUGAUCAUUACCGGCUGAUACCUGGCAAGUGGUAAAUUGUAAGUUAUAUAUGCAGGUGAUAUGAAGAUCGAUUUUUCGUAUAUGUACAUAAAAAAUUAAAUCUAUAUUUACUUAUUAUACACGACUAAUAAAAAAUUGUUCAUUAAUA